AUGACCAGAAUUCAGGACGUGAAAAUUUUAUUUCGCACCCAUUUUAUAUGCUGGCGAAUUUUGGGUUUUCUGCCAACCGAAAAAUAUCGCCAACUAUAUAUAGCCUAUGCUUUAGUUGUGAAUAUUAUGGUGACAAUAGUUUAUCCAAUACAUUUGGUAAUUGGUCUAAUCAUGAGUAACACUUUAUAUGAGGUAAUCAAAAAUCUGGCUAUAGUGGUAACAUCUAUAUUGUGCAGUAUUAAAACCAUUAUCAUGUGGUUGAAAUUUCUGAAUAUCGAAGAUAUUUUGGAUAUAAUAACCAGGCAGAAUAAGCGUAUUUCAUUGGACAAAGAUGAGACUCGCUACUUUAAAUAUGUGCUUUUAAGGAAUUUAGAUCGUGUAUUCAAAAUGUUUUUUAUUUUGUACACAAGUGCUGGAGUAUUUGCUGAAUUGUCGGUACUAGGAAAUGGUAUAUUGGGGACUUGGCGUUUAUUGUAUCCCGCUUACUUUGUUUUCGAUCCCUUUUCUAAUUCUGCCUUAUACUUUGUGGCUCAUGUUUAUCAAUUUAUUGGUGCAUCAUAUUUUACACUACAAGGUAUAGUUAUUGAUACCUUUGCUACUAUGCUUAUGGCUUUGUUGAGUGGUCAGCUGCAUACCAUGAAUAUGAGACUAGCCAAACUGAGCGGAGACCCGAACAAGACAAAAAUGGCAAAUAACCAGGAAUUAUUGGACUGUAUACAGGAUCAUAAGGAUUUAUUGGAAUAUCGGGAAAAAUUAGAGGAUGUCAUCUCUUUAUAUAUGUUUCUUCAGACACUCUCCACCAGCAUUAUUAUGUGCUGUACUGUGGCAUUUUUAAUACUCUUCACUGCCGAUGUCUUUACCUUGAUCUAUUAUACUGUUUAUUUACUCGCAACGGCAUUGGAAAUUAUGCCAUUGUGUUAUUAUGGCACCGUUGUUGAAAUGGAAUUUCAGAAUUUAACUUAUGCUAUAUUCUCUUCGAAUUGGUUGGAACAGGAUAAGAUAUUUAAGCAAAAUUUAAGGAUCUUUGCCGAGACUACCAAAAAACCUUUGCAUAUCACGUCCUGGGUGUUUUAUGUCAAUCUAGACACGUUUUUAUUUGUUUGCAAAAAUGCUUAUUCGAUGUUUGCUUUAAUAAUGAAUUUGAAGUGA